AUGGGACCCAAAAGGAAGUCUGCGGUUCCGACACCAGCAUCAGCGUUGGAACAGUUACAGCAAUCACAGUCACUCAAGCUUCUGGCCAUUGCGGAGACACUGGCUCCAAAAGAUCUCCCUCAAACUGGGAAGAAGCGCAACUCUGCAGCAUCUGAGGAUAGCGAACAGAAUAGUGACACGCAUCCUGCAGCCCUCGAAGCCGAUUUGUUACAUUACAAGGAACUAUUCAGCAAACUCCGCUUCAGUUAUGUCGAACAAGUCACUAAAGAAAAGUUCUUACGCAGCAUCACCGAGAACCCGCCUCGUCUCGUUGACGCUCACGAGAACGAUGAGAAGGAAAAGGAGAUACUGGGCCUGAAGGCAGAGCUCAAGAAGCGCAAGUUGGAGGUGGCCGACAUCUUGAAGCAGUUGGAGGGCAAAGGCAAAGAGCUCGCAAUACGCUACGAGGGCGUGCAAUUACGGACACAACAGCUUGAGUCUCUUCCAAGUGAGAUUGAAGGGCUGGAGGCGAACAUUGAGCGAUUGAAGCACGAACAAGCGCCAGCCUCAACCAAUCCCGAGCUUGCUCUUCCGCUUCCUGAAACUCAGCGAGUGCUCAGCGAACGAGAGACAGAGCUCGCAGCUCUUAACGCACAGAUUGCCAGUCUCCAGGCCACCAUUCCGAACCGAGGCAGAGACUUGGAGAAGCUGGAGCGUGAGCUGCGGCCACUAGAGACACAAAAGCAGGGGACGGUAGCGGCGGCCAGAGAAGCUCAGAGGAGGAGGGAAGAGGGUGGCGGUAUAGGGGACGAAUUGGAGGAGCGAGGCAGGUGGCUCCGGGCAUCUGAAAAGGCACUAGAGGAGAUGCUAGAGGUAGAGGGGUGA